AUGCCUGAGGAAGACAAAUGGUCCGCAGUGCCCCUUCUAGCACCGACAAGGACAUGCUGUGAGUGCUCCAAAGUGAGUAUUGACAUUGACGAGUGCACAUCGCAGGAUCCGCGAGGAAGUGCGUCGGAAGCAUUUGCACUUUCAUGGUUGAAGGAUGAGGCCUCCGAUGACGACAUUGCCAGAGUUCUUACGCAGCUGCUGCUUGCAAGACCGGAGGCGGAGCCAACUCUGUUGGCUGUCCUCAACUGCGUUGCCGCUAUCCCUGGCGAAUUCGGCAGGAAGACACGAGGAGGCCUUGUUGAUCCACCUGAGAUCGUCGAUCUCCCGGAGGUGUCCCGGGACGUCCCUGUAGCAGACCGGCCGAGGCUGCGCUUUGCGACGUGCAACUAUUUCGUGGGCGAGGAGGAACUCAAAGUUGAAGUACAGGUCUUGCGGUCCGGCAAUCUGAACUGCGAGUCCAGAGUACAAAUGCACACGCGGGAUCUAUCUGCAAAGGCUGGCAUUAACUACGUGCACACGAGCAAAAUGCUUGUUCUGAAGCCUCAAGCGGAAAGCAUCCUUUUCAGCGUGGACCUGAUAGCAAGCGAUGAGUGGUCGCCCACCCUCGAAUUUGAGGUGGUGCUUGAUCCGACAACGGUGACAAAUGCCGACUUGGACGCCUACGGAGCCCGCUCUCGUGUUAAGAUAGAUGACAAGGACGCCUUCCCUUCGAACGUGGUGGACGUGCGACAACUUGCCAAGAGUCUUUCCUGGGAACAUUUAAGGCAGGCGCUCGAGAAUGCUCCAAUGCUGGUGCUGAUGGCGGAAUACUUGAAACUCAACUUCCGCAACGACGUCGUGCGACGAGGCACCUUCAAGAUGUGCUUGCAGGGCCAAUGCCAUCACUUAUAUGGCAUCCUAAGGCUUUUCCUCAGCGUGCUGCUGGUGGACCGGGUUCUAAAAGGUAGUGAGGAGGAUUGGAUGGUGGGGACCACCGACUCCUUUAGCGAGUGGUUGUUCCACACCCGCCCCGGGAUGCUGGUGCUCGUCAUGAGUGGCAUGCUGAUUCCGUUCGUUGGCCUGCACUACUUGGACUUCAUUUCGAUGACUUGGAGAGUAGGCGGAACAUCGCGUGCCCAGCUCUUGUCAGCGCUUGUUCGCAGACUCCUCCAUUAUGAUGUGACUUCCAGGAUAGAUAUCAAGCAAGGAGCCGAGAUAAUGGCCAUGACCAAGGAUGUUGAUGAUAUCGUGCAGAACGGCUACAUGGGCGUUUUGGAAAUUAUCUCUCAUCUCCAGAAUUUGGCAACUGUCUUGGCGUACCAGGUGAUAUCGCGCCUGAUCCUGCAAGAACCCAUCAGCCCGUGGAGUAUUGCUCCACUCCUGAUUCAUCCAAUACUGCUUGCAAUGUUUGCGAUUUGCCGUCGGUCUGCAACCGUCAACGUGCAACAGGUCGAAAAUGCGGAACGGUCUGCCCUUGUCAGCCAGAUGCAAAAUGUCACCCUGAAUAACACGAUCAUUCGCAACCUGGGUGGGGUUUGGAAAGCCAUCGACCAGUUCGAGAGCCGGGUCGCAGGAUACAACACAGCGGUGAACAGCACUCUGCAAGUCAUGAAGAACAACAUCUAUUUCACGAACUGGGUUGGUCUGGCUAUGUUGGCAGCGUACACGCUGGUCGGUGGUCUGGAGGUCGUGGAUGGCAAAAUGAGGAUGGGACUUUUCCUUGCGGAUAUCACCCUGUUCACUCAGAUCAAUGUGACAUGGAGCAUGAUUUGCAGCAGAGGCGUGGAGAUCAACAGCAUCUUUCCUGGAUUGGAGAGAGUCGUCAUCUUGAUGAACUUGCCAACCGACCUCCCGGAGCGAAGGAGGCUUCUCAGGCACUUGAUUACAACAUCGACGACGCUGCGAAGCAUACGCGACGUGAAGGACAAUCAGGUGUUGAAUCUCGAUGAUCUGCCUUUGUUCCUGAAGGGCCCGCGAAUCGAAUUUACGGUGAAGUCACAGCAGGGCGAGUUUUUCAUCCGAAAGGUCGACCUGCAGCUCUCUGGUGAUCUUGUCGUGAACCAAGGGGAGUUUAUUGCACUGGUGGGACUACAUGGUCAUGGCAAGUCGUCCAUUUUAAAAAUGUUCGGCGGAGAGCUUUUACCUGGUGAUGGCAAUCUCCCCGGCUUCUUCGUACCACCUCAUCUCCGAGUUUUACAUGUUGGAACCGAACCUGGUCUUUUCCAUGGCACGCUUUACGACAACCUUGUCUUUGGCGUGGAUGGAGGAGGAGGUGCCGAGUAUCGUGAUGCGGCCAGGGAGCGGGUUCGACAUGUUUGCCGGCUCCUUGCGCUCCCCAAGGAGAUCCUCAAUUUGUUGGACCUGCCGGACAAGCUGUGCUGGGACCAGGUCUUGUCGCACACUCAACAAGCCAAGCUUGGUUUGGCGAGAGCGCUGGUAGCAAACCCCGAUGUUCUCGUGCUGCACAAGCCUGGGAUGCCCUAUGACGACCGGACCUCGCACAUGGUGUUGGAAGUAAUCAAAAGCCACGUUGCGAAUCGCGGUCUUGGCUACCCAAGCGACCCCAUGACGAGGUCGCCACGUACUUGCUUGUUUACCAGCUCGAAACGAUACGGUCUGCAGCUCGCAGAUCGAAUUUACCUCAUAGGGCCUACGGGUGAAAUUCGCCAGGUCUCUGCUGACGAAGUCACCGAGGGAAUGCUGGCAUAG